AUGGAACUGCAGUUGGCUCAAGUUAACCCGGCCAAAUUGGGACAGACGUUUUCGGGCAUAGCAAGCUUAGAGAGCGUGCGCUGCGCUCGAGGUCAUGACUUUCUGGAGGCCAAAAAUCUCACCCCGAUGGAUCCGAACGGUCUGGCGGAUCCCUACGUCAAACUGAAAAUCACUCCGGCUGAGGACACCUCAAAGAUUAAACUCAAAACAAAGAUUAUCCGUUCCACCCUGAAUCCACAGUGGAAUGAAGAAUUUCAAAUCGUUUUCUUGCCUUCUCGGCUUCUCGAAAUUGUCAGUGACAGUGGGAUUGACUGCAUUAAACCAGAUCUCGUAUAG